CCAAGGCGUGGACCGUACCUUUCGGCGAUUAGCUGACGUCUUCUAUUGGCGCAAUAUGCGGCGGGAUGUUCGUCAAUUCAUCGCGGCAUGCACCGUCUGUCAAGUCACCUCCUCUUCGGGCCCAGUUGCUACUCGAAUUUCACAGCACCCCUCUCUCGGGUCACCAAGGCGUGGACCGUACCUUUCGGCGAUUGGCUGACGUCGUCUAUUGGCGCAAUAUGCGGCGGGAUGUUCGUCAAUUCAUUGCGGCAUGCACCGUCUGUCAAGUCACCAAGUACUCAACUCAGAAGCCUGGGGGCCUGCUCCAGCCGUUGCCCGUCCCAGACCGGGUUUGGGAAUCCGCCUCGAUGGAUUUUAUUACGGGUUUACCUCCCUCCCGCGGCCUCACUGUCAUCAUGGUUGUCGUCGAUCGGUUGUCCAAAUAUGCCCAUUUCGGGGCACUCAGCACGGGUUCCAACACGCUGGUCCUUGUUCCUCGCCUGGCAGAAUUGGCAUUGAACUGCUCACAUCACGACGCUAUCGGGAUGUCUCCCUUUCAGGCUCUGUACGGCCGUCCUCCGCCUUCACUGUUCCCGACUCUAUCCGUCCGUGCACGCACCCCAUCAGUGGAAGAAUUAUUGAAUGAUAGGGCUGCCAUGCUGGGUGAUUUGAAGCUACAGUUACACAAGAUGCAGCAGCGCAUGAGGGAUAGGGCGAACCAACACCGGCGGGAGGUCUCGUUUGCUGUCGGUGACCUUGUUUUACUCAAGCUCCAGCCGUACCGACAACAUUCGGUGGCACGGCCGAGAUCCCUCAAAAUGUCUCGCCGAUAUUAUGGUCCGUUUGAGGUCAUGGAACACAUUGGGGAAGUUGCGUACCGCUUGCGGCUGCCAGAGGGGUGUCAGAUUCACGACGUCUUCCAUGUUUCCUUGCUCAAGCCAUUUCGCCUUGGGGAGGACAAGCUGCCACCGCAAUCCCUUCCGUUGGAGUUCCUUGGAGGUCGCCCAGUUGCUCGACCGGCGGCAGUUUUGGCGCAGCGCAAGGUAUUGGUGGACGGGUCACCACAAGAUCAAUGGCUCAUACGAUGGACAGAUGGUUCGUUUGAUGACGAUACGUGGGAGCCCGUGGUGGAGCUCCAGCGCCAUUUCCCGGAUCUUCGGCUUGAGGACAAGCCGGUUCUUAACCCCUGGGGAAUUGAUACGGACACAAACCCGAGGCCACAUGACGAAGGAACAAUUGCAACGAGGCGUUCGAAGAGGAGCGUGGGACCCCCACGCAGAUAUCAUGAUUAUGUUUAAUUAUUUUUAAUAUUUAUUUUGUACUUAGAUUUUUUUAGGUGGACGAAUUAUAAGUCCUUUCGAGGGUUUUUUUUCGGUUCUUUACCUCGAUGCUUUUUCUUGAACCGACAGGUUAGAUAACUAGUUUAAUUAGGUUUGGGGGAACUUCUCUAUUUAAGGAGGUGAUUUACUCUCCUUAAUGAUCAUCAUAAUACAACAUCCCUUUAACCCCUACGU